UCGGCCAAAACCUUCGUCGCCACGCUUCUCACAUACAUAUCUACAUCGACCCAAGACUGAGUAUGCCUUCCUACAACUCUUCGUCUCCUUCCACCGUCCCUCACAAGAGAGACUUACCGGCGCUCCUCGAGGCCGCGCGGCCGUUCCUCCGAGAGGAGCUGGACAAGGUAGAUCCCGAUCUGCCCUCCCUCGUCACCGUCCUCCGUUCCGCCGGAGCUGGCGAGUGCUACCACAAGCACGGCAGCUUCCUCGCCCACCUCACCGAUGUCUACCGCAUCCUCAAACUGUGGUGCGCCCCCGAUGCCGUCGCCCGCUGCGGCCUCUACCACUCCGCCUACUCCAACUCCUACGUCAACCUCGCCAUCUUCGACCCCAGCACCGGCCGCGACCGCGUCCGCGGCAUCAUUGGCGGCCCGGCGGAGCGCCUCGUGCACCUCUUCUGCGUCGUGCCGCGCCAGACCCUCAUCCACGACGACCUCCUCUUCCGCUACUCCGACGACGAGCUCGUCGAGCACCUCGAGCGCUCGGAGGCUUCGCUCCGAGCCGCGAAGGAGAGGGGCGCGUUCGACGAGUCGGAGCCGUGGCGGAGAAAGCUGCGGUCGCUGGUCCCGGCGGAGGGGAUGAUCGUGAAACACAUCAGGACGGGCGAGGACACUGUGGUGCCGAGAAGGGUGGUGGCGACCUUUCUGCUGAUGACCAUCGCCGACUUCAGCGACCAGUAUAUGGAUUUCCAGGACAAGCUGUUCGAGAACGAGAACGGGCGGCUGGAGCUCAACGGCAACGCGUGGACGGCGCUGUGGCCGGGAACAGGGAAGCCGGGCCUGUAUAUGAACUCGCUGUCGAGGAUGGGGGCACUCUACACGCUGAUAGCGAGGGAGGAGGAGAUAUACCUGGAGGAGAGGAAGAGGAUGAGCAGGGACGAGGGGUUGCCGAUGCCCGGAAGGGAAGAGGAGAUGGAGCUGAUGAUCCCCCCAGUGUUCGACAACUGCACCAAAGUGUUGGAAGCAAAGGAUCAAACAGUCGGUAGGGAUUACUACUGGGAGGCGAUAUGUGGGGACUGGGAGAAGGAAGGGGAGAAGGGGUGGGAGAAGGUGGAGGGGCUGUUGGGGGAGAGCAUAAGGAGGAAUCCCUUCGUGGGGGAGCCGCAUCUGGUGUUAGGGCAGGUGUACAUGAACCAGGGGAAGUACGAGGAGGCGGAGGCGGCGGCGGGGAAGGGGCUGAGGCUGUUGCUGGAGUGGGGGAGCAGCUGGGACAAGAGGAUGAGUUGGGAGGGAUGGGUGGCGUGGGGGAGGGUGUUGUCGGCCAAGGCGAAGGAGAAGACAUGGCCCCACUCGUCGUGGGGCAUCGCCAACCUUGGACUCGUGAGGUGAAGGCUGGUCCCGUCCCGUCCUGUCCUGUCCUGUCAUGUCAAAGAAACCCAGGAAGGGGAAGGAAGAGGCUGUAUUUAGUUUUUGCUCAUCAAUAAAUGUUGUAAAUAGUUUUUCGCAUAACUAAAA